AUGAAAACCUUAUUGUUUAUUUAUCUUCAGCUACUAUUAUUACUACUGAUAAUAAUCGGUAGAGUUGUUAAAGUGGAGUAUUUACAUUUGGUAGUGGAAGUGGAACCCUCUACAAUAACCGAACUGUGCUUAUCAGACGGUAUUGAUGGAUAUCUGGGAUCAUUCUAUUUGAACACGACAUUUGCUGAAUUAAUGUUGAAAGAACACAACAACAAGAGGAAACUCCAUCAAAGUUGUCCCCUCAAAUGGUCUUCAGAACUUUUCAACUAUGCAUCUCAGUUUGCAGCUGAAUAUUCUUGCUCAGGAAUAUUGCAACAUUCUGGUGGUAAAUAUGGAGAGAAUUUAGCUUUUGGUUAUCUGCCCAUAGGAGCUAUAGAAGCUUGGUAUGAUGAAGGGGAAAUGUAUGUUUACGGUUCAGAAAAUGUGUAUAACCAUUUCACGGCAAUUGUGUGGAACAACACUAAUUCUCUUGGUUGUGCUUACAAAUCUUGUGAUACUACUACUAAUUUAAAUGCAUUAUAUAUUGUAUGUUCAUAUUACCCUCCAGGAAAUGUUAUUGGGUAUUCCUCACAAAAUGUUUUCCCAUUAAAUUCAAAGAUGGUCAACUAA